AUGGCAGCUGCUCAGUCCGAUACGUCCAGACAGGAUGCGCACCCGUCGCACCCGUCCACUCCAACCUCAAGCUCGCCCCCUCACUCGCGUUUCAUGAGCUCCAAUCCCUUCCGCCGUGCCUCCGGGCCUUCCACCACUCGCGGAAUGUUGUCUCGCUUCAAAAGCAGCUCGUCGACCUCUGCCUCUCAUGCCUCCCAGGCGCAAGAGCAUGCUUCUUCAGAGUCUGCAAGGACAAGACCCUCGCUCGCCUCUCGCUUCUCUUCCCGUGCAUCACGCAGAUCUAUCGACGCCGCCACGAGCGCCGACCUGGAGCACCUCAGUAGACCUAACGGCAAAUUCAGAAGUGUCGCAAAGUGGGAUUCCAACCAGGACGUGCCCGAGCCCUUCAUGGAGGCUUCGGAUUCAUCAGCAGCAGAACGCGAGCUUGCCGCGGCGCUUCAAAAGCAGUCUGCGCUCUCGUCGGGAAGCACGGCCGCCGCACAAGCCCACGCGCAGAGCCGUGGCCUGGGCCAGCCCACCUCCCAGCUUGGCUCUGCAGGUUCACCCUCGUCCACCUCUCCCUCUUCCACUUCGCCCAAGACAAACGCUGCCGACCUGCCCACGGCAACCCAGACCAUUGCGGCGCUCGGCAAUAGUGGUGUUCAUCCCGACAUUCUGGGCACUGCUUCGUCAUCAACGAUGCAUGCGGAGUCCUCGCCCGACAAUCUGAGCGUCGAUCCGGUCAAACCACCACCCAUCGAAUUGCAGCUCGACACAACAAGCGGCGAUGGCGCCACGCCCUGUAUGACGCCGCCCGUCAAGAGCAGACAACCCUCUCAUUCUGAUCAGACCAACGUAGAUAAUCACAUGGUCGCCCGUGCUGCUCAACUCGUCCUCGAAGCCGCUCGUCAGCAGGCUCGCGUGGAAACCAGAAAAAAGGGCAAGUCCGCCCCCGCUUCGCCGAAGCGCAGCGCGUUCAAUCUCUCUCCCGUCACAAGCUCAACCACGACUGACAGCAACGAUGCCGCAACCACCGCACCAGACAAGGACGAAGACUACUCGCAGCUCGAACGUACGCCCUCCCAGCGUGCUCGUUCUAAGUCGGACGCCGGAGAUGAGAACAAAGUCAAGCGACGCAAAAGCUUCCUGCGAUCUGUCAGCUUCAAGUCGCGCCGCGAUCGUUCCGACUCUUCGAAGAACUCGGACGCCGGAGCCGAGACGCCCAUCGCCGACGCUGCCAGUGCCGACCCGUCCUCAGGUGCCACAUCCGGAACCGUGACCCCGGGUGGCAGACGACGCAGGUAUGUCGAUACGCGCGAUCUCGAUCUGCUUGCCCGCGAACUAGCAGCCGAAGCUAUCGCAGAACAGGUGCCUCAGCCUCCCUUCGCUCGGCCCAGUCGUAGCGGCAGCUCCUCGCCCCACCGAAUCAAAGGCCUCAACGAUCCUCGCCGUCGAUCCUUCCCCAGCAUUCUCGAGGAUUCGCCUCUUCUGGACGAGACCAUCUCGUCCAUGCGUUCCGCGCCGAACGGUCUCAAACCAAUGACACCGCUUCGUUCAACGCAACCACAGGCACGGACCAGAGCUGCAGAUGGCACGUCGGUCGCCAGCACUGGCUCCGCGUCUGGUUCGCACUCGGACCCAACCAUGGGACUGGUACCGCAAGAAAUGUUUUUGGGCCUUGGUGGGUCGCCCUACCCAAGCCUUCCACCGCCAAGCUCGCGCUCCAAUGGCUCGACACUGGGCACCCUCGACCCCUUUGGCAUUCCCCUGACAUCAGAGAGCUCUCCCUUUGACGCCACCAUGGCCUACGCCAACAGAACCAACGUCUAUCAUAGCCCCAAUCAGGUGGCCGUGUCUCGCAGACUGUCGUGCGAAUCCGAUAGGUCAACGACGCAGACUGGCGCAAAAGCCAAGCGCCGAACCGUGCUCACGAUGACCAUGAACGACCCGGAGGCAGAGUUGCAGGGUCUCACCAAGCCGCCCAAGGCGUCGGACGCCAAGCGAUUGACCCCCUUCGGAAGCCGCGCCGGCAGUCGAGCAGGCAGCCGAGCAUCGAGUCCAAACCCCUCCUUUGCCAAUCUCAGAGAGGAGGCUGCCAAGGACCAACAGCGUGGUGCUGCCGACACGAACGCAGACACGGCGGCAAGCAGGCGAAACUCAAUGGCACCGUCCGAGAUGAGCACUAUGUCGAGCCUGGCUCCGCUCAAAUCGAGCAAAUCGAACCGCUUCUCCACCCUGUUCCGCUCGGGCAAGUCGAAAGCGCAGGAGGACAGGCCGGCUACGGGCACGUCGGACGGUGCCUCGUCGUCGCCGUCGCCAGGCAUGAGCGUAUAUGCCACGCCAGCCGGUGAAACGGCGUCGCUCGCCAUGUCGCCGCAGUCGGCGGCAGUGUCGGCCGGCAGCGACGCCGAUGUCUCGCCCGUGGCGUUCCGCAACCUCGAGCUGCCGUCGACGCGUAGCUCGCCACGCGCGAGCAAACCAGCGAGCGCUACGGCUAGUCGACGUUCGAGCAUGAUCUUUGAUUCUGGCGAGCCCUCGCCGGGCAAGAAGCGUCCUGUGAGAGCUCUGUUGCGUCGACUGAGCAGCUUCAGCUCCAAGAAGAAGGAAGGUACCGUGGAGAAGCUCAACGUUCCUGACGUCAGCACCAUGCCUGUAGUGGAUAUGGAGAAGCUGAGACAGCUUAGCGAAGCUCAGGAUGCCAAAAUGGACGAUGUCGACGCUGUCCCGCGAUCGAUCGUCACUGAGGGCACUUCGCAGAACGUCAGCGAGCCGAAAGUGAUCGAUGCAAUCACCCCGACAAACGCCGUCACGGAAGAGGCAGCGGAAGUUCGAGGUGACGCAAAGAAGGAGGCGGGACUUGCUCCGGCUUUGCAGGGGCUUGAUCUUUCGAACGCGUCGCCAGUGCCUGUCAACGAGGAAAUGGCCAGGAACGGCUUUGGCACUCGGUCCGCUUACAAGCUAGGAGGUGGAGGAACAGCUGCGGUGGAGGACGUCGAGGCUCAGGUCAACGACGGAGCCCAGCAGGUGGACGCUUUUGCAUCGGAGCACCACGGUCAAGUUGGCGGAAGCGCAAGAGAGGACGAGGUGGCGGCGACCAGAGAGGAUGUAUGGGAGCGUACGCGAGCCGGCCAUAUAGCGAGGAGCGACUCUCAGACGCCAUCGUCGGAGGAUUCGUUUUUCCUCGGUAGUGGCCCAAGCAACGCGAGUCGGCCGGACAGCGGUGCCCUCAUGAAGCACGGAAGCGAGAGCGCCAUCAGCGAGGAGCUGCACACGCCGGAUCCGUCGACCGCCUACCUUCCUGCGACCAAGACCGAAGAGGCCAUGUUGGAGGGAGCGGCGACGCUUUCGUCGGCGGUAAGCAACGUGACAGCCGCUGCGGCAGCUGCGGCGGCGGGCAAGGUAGUGGCAUCGACGGACGGCGAUAUCGUCAGCCCUGUGGUGACGGCUCUUCCGAACGAGGAGUUGGGAACGGGGACUGCUAUGUAG